AUGGCAGCAGCAACCGCAUCUCUUACCGGCACCAUGGCCAGCACAUCCUUCCUCCGCCGCCAACAGCCCACCACCGCCAUCCGUUCUCUCUCCGCCUCCAACAAAACAGCAGCCCUCUUCGGACUCAAAUCCAACACCGGCAUCCGUAACCGCGGCGGAGUUACCAUGAUGGCCACAUACAAGGUCACCCUCGUGACCCCGGAAGGAACCCAGGAGUUCGAGUGCCCUGAUGACGUGUACAUCCUUGACCACGCCAUGGAGGAAGUCGGUAUCGAUCUGCCAUACUCAUGCAGGGCUGGGUCUUGCUCAUCAUGCGCCGGGAAAGUGGUCUCCGGCAGUCUGGACCAAUCAGACGGCAGCUUCCUCGACGACGACCAGUUGGAGGAAGGGUGGGUGCUCACCUGUGUGGCUUAUCCGACCUCUGACGUCACCAUCGAGACCCACAAGGAGGAGGAGCUCACUGGCUAA